UCUACUAAGAACAUCUUCAACUAGCCGACCCGCCUCUCUCCCAAGAGUCCCUGCUAUGGAAAGUGCCAAGACCAUCUCAGUGUCUCGACGGAGUAGUGAAGAAAUAAAACGGGACAUCUCUGCAUCUGAGGGAGCGUCACCAGCCUCUCUCAUGGCUAUGGGCACCACGUCGCCACAGCUCUCCCUCUCUUCCUCUCCCACCGCCUCUGUCACUCCAAGCACCCGGAGCCGAAUAAGGGAAGAAAGGAAAGACCCCCUCUCAGCAUUGGCGAGAGAAUAUGGAGGAUCCAAGAGGAACGCCUUGUUGAAGUGGUGUCAGAAGAAAACAGAAGGCUAUCAGGAUUUAAGUUACAGAGACUAUUUCCAGAUUGCAAUUGAUUUUCCUCAGAAAUGUACAGGAAUACAUGAGAAGGUGAUCCGAGUUCUGUAUUCCUGGGCUCAUAACAAAACGGCCAAAAAAGACCUAACCAACAGAGAUACCAAAGUAGUGGAAGAAUCAGUGAACAAGGCCUACCAUUAA